GAAACGAAAGUAACAUGAUUCUAACGAAAAACAGAUUUCGACUUUAUUUACGCGCAGGAAUCAUUUUAUACUUAUAAGUAAAAAUAAAAUUUGCCAGAAAAUGCGAUACUUUUUUCUUCGUUACUCGUCGAGAGUUGAAUUUGCACGGAAAAUCGUCUCGUGCAUCGAUACCCGUUUCAAAUUCACGGGCGGCAAGUCACGUCAUACUCGGAACAAAUUAUUCCUAGAUAUCGCAGGCGGACGUUUCGAACCGUACGGCGCAUGUGCCGCUCGACGACGCGCGCUCUCGCGCCGGCUGUCGAAACUGACGAUGGGAGACGAAACGAGUAUCGAAUUUUCGGAAAUAAUAAGCUACAUGUGUGCGUGCAACGGGGAAAUAUGGCCGCCACGCUACGGAAACAGCAGCUCGUUAUCGGAUAUAAUGAUUGAUGCAACUCGCGAGCAACAUAUCGGCGAGAAUAAUUGGGAACAAUAACGAGGAGACAAGAGAAACAAAAGCGUUUCGAUCACUGAAAGAAAGAAUGGCGGUUUGUCUUCUUCAUUAACGUCAUUUAUAACAUGUUAUAUUUUAAAAAGAAGUUAGAUUGAGCAUCAGUAUUUGAAAUAUUCCACGUAAUUAUCAAGUAGAAAGUUAAAUGGAAAAGGAAAAAA